UUUCUUGUUUUGUUUUUGUGGGGGCAGCGGUAGACGUUUCUUAACGUUUAUAUAUUUAUAUAAACUCUAAAAAUAGAAAAUACAUACAUUUAAAUAAUUCUAAAAUGAGUAUUAUUAACCCGUAAUGACUAGAAUGAAAAUUAAAUGUUAUUUAUUUACCUAUCUUCACCGUUUACGUGUUUGUAUAAAUCCUAAAUCUAUAAAAUUACAUACAUUUAUAUAAUUCUAAAAAUAGAGCUCACGUAUUAACCUCUAAUGACAAUGAUAAACAUGAAAUGCUAUUUAUAUAUGUUCAGCGUUGUUUAUUUACGUACAUUCUUAUCCCGGGCCAUGUCAUUUGUCCAAGUGGGGUCGCCGUAGCUACGCCACUUCCGAUCGCUGAGCAGGCUAGCUAAACUAAGCUAAGCUAAGCUACGAUGGUUGUCGGUGCGUGCUGCAAUGUCCACUUGUUGUCCGUUGCCCUUUUGUCUUGUGCUUCGCGCAACCGACUGACGCCGAACAGUGACAAAACUUCGCGCCUUCGUACAUCCGCGCCUCGGUGAUCCGUGAAGCUUUUUUUCGGUUCUUGGUAGCCGCUAACGAGUUAGCCGCACACAGGCUAAGGCGCUGUUUGAGCGUGUGAAGUCACGAAGUCUUCGUAGUGAGGGAAACGGGAGGAAGCUUCUGGAACAAACCGGCAACAAGGUCUGGAAGCUUCCAUGGACUCUCACCCAGCAGACGUCAGCGAAGACGAUGAGCAGCUGCCCCGCGUUAAAGAGGAACAGCAGGAAGUGGACAUCAGUCAGGACGAGGACGAGGACGAGGAGGAGGCUGCGUUACCGCUCAUUCAUGUGAUUGUCAAGAGUGAAGAUGACGAGGAGGACCAAGAUGAAGCUCACUGCUCCCGACUCAGCGAAAGUGAGGAGCGCAGACGAGUGCUGCAAACGCAAGCCGACCUGUCGAUGUCGCACUCUGAUGAUGAUGAGGAGGAGGAGGAGGACGAGGAGGAGGAGUCGAGCUUGAAAUGUUUUCAAUGCGACGAAACCUUUGCGGACUCAACUACUUUGCGAAGACACGUGCAAAGUCACACGGGAGAAAAACGCUUCAGUUGUCCGUUUUGCGGCAAAGGCUUCCCCAGAAAGAGUAAUUUAAAGCUCCACGUGAGAACGCACACGGGAGAGAAACCUUUCCCCUGCCCGCUUUGCGGCAAAAGAUUCUCCGAAAAGGGAAAUUUGAUGAAACACGCCAGCACGCACACGGGAGAGAAACCGUUCACAUGCUCGGUCUGCGGGGAAAGAUUCUCCCGGAAAGGCAACUUGGCCACGCACGCGCGAACUCACACCGGAGAGAAAACCUUCGCCUGCGCCGCCUGCAGGACCAGCUUCAGUCUGCGUUCGGCGCUUUUGAGGCACAUGAGGACGCACACCGGCGAAAAACCCUUUUCCUGCUCCCUUUGCGCGCAAACCUUCUCCCAGAAAGGACAUCUGAUGAGACACAUGAGGACGCACAGCGGAGAGAAACCCUUUCCCUGCUCAAUUUGCGGCAAAAGAUUCUCCCAAAAAGGCAGUUUGGUGACGCACAGGACGACGCACGCCGCGGAGAAACCCUUUUCCUGCUCCGUUUGCGCUCAACCCUUCUCCCAAAAGGGAAACUUGAUGAAGCACACGAGGAAACACACAGGAGAGAAACCCUUCACUUGUCAAGUUUGUCAGCUAACAUUCACACACAAGUAUCAGCUCAACAAACACAAAUGUGCUGCUGAGGAGAGCAGCAAUAAAUGACGCUUCAUUUCAAUACAGUUUGUGUCUUUACAUCCAUUUGAAAUAAAAAGUCUUUUUCGGA